AUGACGGGUGUGUCGCAACCCUCACUCGAGUCGUCCAACCUCCCCACAUACUACCGUUUCUAUGCGUCACCCGAUUCAUGUACCGGAUACCGUAUGCGAAUCAAUCAAAACCAAUCGACUGUCUAUGUAUUGGCCAAUUACGAGCCAUUCACCAGAAUCGAUACACCUAGUCGUGUACGUCUGUCUCGAGAGUCUGAAAUGACCAUUACAUUCUGUCCUACCGAUGAAGUCAUCUACCAAUACAGUUAUCAGACACAUUACCCAUUUGGCACCAUCUUUUUCAUCGUCAUCAAUGAAGGUAACCUCAACUCUACCUAUGAUAUUAUCAUCGAGCCUAUUCCUAUCGACCCUCGUCUGCCAGACACCGACAUACCUGCCUGUGUCCGUGCCGACCCGACCAUCCCGUGUGUUCGCGACGGUCGUCUCAUCGAAGGUUACUCUGUCGAGCCCACCCUCGACUUUUCAUACACUAUAUACAACUGUCAAAACGUGUCUGCCAACAUCCUCUCUGUCAAUGUCGACGUUGACGUCUAUAUCUGGAUCGACCAACCACCUCCAGUAUCAGGUGAAACAACUGGUUAUUAUUUUGAUAGUUCUUAUUCUGUUGAUGAAACAUUUACAUUAUCAUUAUGUCCAGAUGAAGGAAAGACAAACAAGACAUUGUUUAUUAGAUUCUUGCAACCUGAUAAUGGUCAAAUGCAAAUCAAUGCGGUUAUCAAGUCGAAUGCGAUUAUAAAGGCGGUUGAGUUGUCGAGUUUACCGACAUUGGCCGGGUCGUGGAUGUUGGGUGGGUCGUCGUAUUUGGUCGACUCGAACAAUAUAACGCUGCGAUGCGACAAUUACGAUCUCGAUUGUACAGAGUAUCUGCCAACUGCACCACGUACCUACAUCAACCCAUUCUACCCGGUGCCAUCGGUCUUUACCGAGCAGGGUCUCGGUCUCAGACAAUUCAACGAUAUCGUUCUCUAUGAGAACGCAUCGCUGCCACUCAAGAACGCAUUCCAGUUUGGUUUGAUGAUCAGUUUGUCUUAUAAUGGAUUCACGAUGCAGUUUAGAGUGCCCGACGAGAUUGGCGAGUUGACCAUCGUGUUUUUGGGAAGACUGGUCGACUCGCAGGGUCGUCCGCUGACAGGCCCGUACAAAGUGACGCGUCGUACAGACCCAGUCUGCGUGUACGACGAGUUUAAAAAGAUCGAUGCGCUGCAGAAUGUUAUUCUCGAAGAGACUGAUAUAACGACGAGCCUAAGGUACGAGUAUGAUUUGUUGAUCUACUCCGACCCCUAUUACUACUGUCAACAGGAUGUCAUGUCGAUGAUCACCUUUGCAACGUCGCAAUACACUCUUGAAAACUCGUCGAGAUGCGCGGCGACCAGCGAUAUGGCGACGUAUCUCGCCGACCCUUGCUGCAGCAUUUACGCGUCGUUUAGCGGGACAUGCGAGCCGCACAACACGACACUGUCACUCUUGACACUGCAGUCGAUUGAUUCGCAGCGCGUCAACGACACAUGCACGUUUGCGUCGUGUGCCAACUCGGUGCUUGCCAACUAUGCACAGACACUUCAGACGGCCGAGCAAAACCCAUGCGACUUUGCACAAGAGCAACAAGACUCGAUCGAGGAUGAGUUGUAUACAGUGUUCCGUGCCUGUCACGCUAGCGUCAUCCCAGCAGCCAACUGCACGCAGGAUAGUGACUGCACAUCAUUUGGCACAGGCUCCUACUGCAACUAUCGUCGCGGUGAGUGUAAUGUACCUGCCAACUAUAUCGAGCGUAGCUUUGUCGGAUGCAUCGUUGAAGCUAUGCCCAUCUCGAUUAUGAAUGAAGUGGUUACUAUGUUUGAACUCGACGACAUUCGGUCGGACAAGGACGCGAUUGCAGAGUUUUUGCAUACCCAGAACCAGGCAAACGACUGCGUCUCCUAUUAUGGCGUCAACUAUUGGUCGAGAUACGUCUACGAGUACACGGUCGAUCAGUUUGCACAGGGCAGCGCGUUCCCCAGUGUCUACGGACUCGACCGUUCCGCCGGCAUCACACACUAUGAUGCUACGAUGCGUGGCGGUUUCAUUUACAAGUGGAUCUCGUGGUUCUCCUCGAAAGACCUCUGCAGUCGCUACGUAAAGUGUGACUGGCUCGGCGCUGACGGCACCCUCGACACGACCACCUACAACGACCUCGUCGCCGAGUGCCAAGACUCACCCUCGCGUCCCACCGGCUUUUGCGGCGACUGUUCGACCGACCCCACGCGUAACUGUAUCGUUGCUCCCGGCGCCACCCAAUCCAACUGUGCCACCAACCACGUAUGCUACUUUGAAACAUUCAACCCUGCACUCUUCCACGACCCUGCCAACUACUACCCCAUCGUCACAGACCCCAACCAAUGCGCGCAGCAGUAUGGCAGCUGCAGUGUGCCAUGCGGGUACGAAUGCGCCACUCCCAACUCGUGUGUCAUCCAGCUUGCACCCGACGAGCUCCAGUGUCCCCAGUUUAACGGGCCAUUUGAUGCUGUCACAUCGGUCAACUACGGCUCGUCCAUAUACUGUGUCUUUUCAGGCGCAUUUACCGCCGCUCAAUGCACGCAGUCGGCCGGCAACCUGACACAGCGUUUCCAGACCUGCGGGUCACUCUCUGCAUCCCAAUGCACGACUUGCGGCGACGCAUCGUUCCCUGUGUGCGGGUGUACUGUUACACCAGUCGAGUGCGCCACCCAAGCCCAAUGUCUUGCGCAAAAGGGCAAGUGCUCAGACUCGUACUAUUUCGAGACCAAGAUCGCUGCCUAUCCAGCUGUCUACCCCAAGUGUCUCGUGCCAUACGGCAAGUCAGACAUCCUUGCCGCGACACCCCAAUGCACCGAGCCCGACCAGCAAGACAGUCCCAUGGGCUGCUACUCGGGCAACCUCGCCGACACGGCCGCCGCCUAUUGCCAAGGCCACGGCGGGUCCGUCUGGAACAUGGCCACGACACAAGCCCAAUGCACAGCGUACGGGUACGGCUGCAAGGGGUACGACCGUUCCCAAAACGCCAUCCUCCCAUCGACACUUCGGUUCAACGAAAAGGAUGAAUCCCAGUGCACGGCCGAGGGUGACCAAUGGAUCCCUAAAUUCGACUGGACACCCGCUGUGUGGACACCCGCCAAGGCGUCGCAGCUCAGCUGGCAGACUACCCGUGGUAUCGUGCCCUACACCAACUACUCGUCGGCACUCUCGUUUGAAAAGUUCUUUGGUAUCUUUGAGACGGCCACCGAGCGUCUCCAAUCGAUCGUCUACAAGUCACAACUACUCUGUCGUGUAUCGACCAGCAAGAAUGCACUCGAGUCAUUGACAUGCUCGUGUUUCAACGAUGAGUCGAAUGACAGAUGCUUUGAUUCGAUCGAGUCGUCGUCCAACACCAUUCUCAACCCAUGCAAUGGUAUCACCACAACCAACUUUCUCAAUAACCAUGCGACUGUCCAGUUUGUCGCCGACUCUAUUGCACCAGACACUUGUGUCUUGGUGGGUAUUGCCGAUCUCUACUCGGACCAGUUUAUCGCCAAACGUGUCUUUGCUCUCGCCUCUUCGUUUGUCACAUAUAUUCCACCCGAAGAUUACUCGGUCUAUAACGGUGCCGGUGCCGUCGUCGGUCGUGUCAUAUCCGACGGUGUCUCACUGCGUAUCUUUGACGAGGGUGUCCAAUCGAUCGACAUUUGUAUCACACAAACCCUCAAAUACGAUGUCGACCAAUACCCAACCAUCGACUUUGCACUCAUCGAUCCCGACUCUGGCAGUAUCACCGCGUUUGGAUGUACGUUUAAUGGAUCUAUCGUCCCACCCAUAGACCCAUCCGAAACAACCAACCCAACCGGUGACAAAAACAAUAAUAACCAAAAAUGUUGUCGUGUUCCCAAACCAGAAUCAAUUGGCACCAAUGACUAUAUCAUGAUUGCUCGUACCGACGAUUGGGAAACAGCUCCCUUCCAACCAUUCUCUGACAGCGACACUCGAAUGAUCCAUACCCUUGCAGCACUUUUCCUCAUCCUAACAGUCUUUGGAUUCGCUCAACUCCUUCAUUUCUCUUAUUGUUUCUUUAUUAAAAAGGAACCUUAUAAAGUAGUUUAUUUAUUAUUUUUCUUUUUAUUUUGUUUUUCUCUAAUUAGAUGUAUAUAUUUCUUUAUAUUACCAAGUAAUCAAUUACCAAGUGGACCAAAUGUAGGAGAAUAUAUUCUUGUAGUAUUACCAACCUUUUUAUACUUUACAUCGUUUACUAUAGUCAUUACGAUUUGGUAUAUUCUUAGUAACACCAAUAUCACAAUGUACCAAAACGUAUUCAAGGUGAUCAACAAAUUAAUUCUAGUCUCUAAUUCUGUACUCUACCUCUUCUUUGUCAUCAUUGUAUUGGUGUUUAAUUUCACCAAUGAAAAUGAUCCACCAACUUGUGGUGGUAGAAAGGUGACUUCAUUCUCAAAUACUACACCUCAAAAUGUAGUAUCGAUCUUGUAUGCAGUUAUUCAAGCACUAUUGUCACUAGUCAUUGGUAUUGCAUUUAUCUACUUUGGUCUAAAGAUCUAUCGUCAAUUCUCAGCCAUUCAUGCCAAAGACUCACAACAAAGUACUCAAAAGGCCAAGACAUUUACAAUGGCUGCCAUCUGUUCGAUUGGCUUUGUACUACAUUGUAUCUUUAUCAUUGUACUGGUAAGUGUCAGUCCUUCCAACAUUAAUUUCAGUUUUGCCGGUCUCUUGAUCACAGAGUUGGUUCCAGUUGCCACUCUCUUUAUCACCUACAAUCAAAUCCCACUGUCAAUGCCUAAAUUCGUUUCAAAGACCAUCAAGAUAUCAGGUACCACCUCUCAAUUCACUUCUGGUGGUAGCGGUAACAGUGGUAACAGCGGUAUUCAUCUACGUGAAAGUGUUGCUCGUGGAAGACACCACAAUUCAACAAGUACAAGAGAUUAUAGUGGUAGUACAAGUGGAAACAGUAGUAUUAGUAGAGAAACUACAAAUUCUUCAAAUGGCAGUAAUAAUAAUAAUAAUAGUAGUAGCAGUAAUAGUCCAAUUGUCUAUCUUGACAAAAAAUAA